AUGUUCCAGGCUGAGGAACUCGUCGAGUUUUCCUCUGGCGUCAAGGGCAUGUGCAUGAACUUGGAAGCCGGCCAAGUCGGUGUUGUGCUUUUCGGUUCCGAUCGUCUCGUCAAAGAAGGCGAGACUGUGAAGCGAACUGGCGAGAUUGUUGAUGUCCCUGUUGGCCCUGAACUUCUUGGCCGUGUCGUUGAUGCUCUGGGUAACCCCAUUGACGGAAAGGGACCAAUCAAGACCAGCGAGAAGCGACGUGCCCAGCUCAAGGCUCCUGGCAUUCUGCCUCGCCGCUCCGUCAACCAGCCUGUACAGACCGGUCUUAAGUCUGUCGAUUCUAUGGUGCCCAUUGGACGUGGCCAGCGUGAGUUGAUCAUUGGUGACCGUCAGACCGGAAAGACUGCCGUCGCCCUCGAUGCAAUGCUUAACCAGAAGAGAUGGAAUGACACUGGUGAUGAGACCAAGAAGCUGUACUGUGUUUACGUCGCUGUUGGACAGAAACGUUCCACCGUCGCUCAGCUCGUCAAGACUCUUGAGGAGAACGAUGCGAUGAAGUAUUCUAUCAUCGUUGCCGCCACUGCCUCUGAGGCAGCUCCUCUUCAAUACAUUGCUCCCUUCACUGGUUGUGCCAUGGGUGAGUGGUUCCGUGACAAUGGACGCCAUGCUCUCAUCAUCUAUGACGAUCUUUCCAAGCAAGCCGUUGCCUACCGUCAAAUGUCCCUGCUACUCCGUCGUCCCCCCGGUCGUGAGGCUUAUCCCGGAGAUGUUUUCUACCUCCACUCCCGUCUGCUCGAGCGCGCCGCGAAACUGAACGACAAGCACAAGGGCGGCUCCCUCACUGCCCUCCCCGUUAUCGAGACCCAAGGUGGUGACGUUUCUGCCUAUAUCCCCACCAACGUCAUCUCCAUCACAGAUGGCCAAAUCUUCUUGGAAGCCGAAUUGUUCUACAAAGGUAUUCGCCCCGCCAUUAACGUCGGUCUCUCCGUGUCCCGCGUCGGUUCCGCCGCCCAGCUCAAGGCCAUGAAGCAAGUCGCUGGUUCCCUCAAGCUCUUCUUGGCCCAAUACCGUGAAGUUGCCGCCUUCGCCCAGUUCGGUUCCGACCUUGACGCGUCCACCAAGCAGACUCUUAACCGCGGUGAGCGUCUGACUGAGCUGUUGAAGCAGAAGCAGUACCAGCCCAUGGCAGUUAAUGAGAUGGUGCCGCUUAUCUAUGCCGGUGUCAAUGGCCAUCUGGAUUCGAUCCCUGUCGCAAAGAUCUUGCAGUGGGAGAGCGAUUUCCUGGCCCAUCUUAAGUCCAAUGAGCCGGAGGUUCUGGAGAAGAUUGAGAAGGAGGGACAGUUGAGCAAGGACCUCGAGGCGCAGUUGAAGGAUGUUAUUGUUGCGUUCAAUAAGAGCUUCUCUGCAUAG